CACUGCCGAACAACCUGCAACACUCCAUCCUUCUCUCUCGCUCUACAACCCCCUCUUUCUCUCUCACAUUUCUUUCUCUCUCUACAAUCUCCGAUGGAUCCCGUAACUUCUUGGGGCAACACCCCUCUCGAAACCAUCGACCCCGAUAUCCACGACCUCAUCGAGAAGGAGAAGCGCCGCCAAUGCCGCGGAAUCGAGCUCAUCGCCUCCGAGAACUUCACCUCCUUCGCCGUCAUCGAAGCUCUCGGCAGUGCCCUCACCAACAAGUACUCCGAGGGUAUGCCCGGAAACCGCUACUACGGCGGCAACGAGUACAUCGACCAGAUCGAGAAUCUCUGCCGUAGCCGAGCCCUCCAAGCCUACCGUCUCGACCCCACCAAAUGGGGCGUCAAUGUGCAGCCUUAUUCCGGCAGUCCAGCCAAUUUCGCCGCCUACACGGCGGUGCUCAAUCCCCACGACCGCAUCAUGGGUCUGGACUUGCCGUCCGGUGGGCAUUUGACUCAUGGGUACUACACGUCCGGUGGGAAGAAGAUCUCGGCGACGUCGAUUUACUUCGAGAGCUUGCCGUAUAAGGUGGAUUCGAAAACUGGGUAUAUAGAUUAUGACAAGUUGGAAGAGAAGGCAUUGGAUUUCAGACCCAAAUUGAUCAUUUGUGGAGGGAGUGCGUACCCUAGGGAUUGGGAUUACGCGAGGUUUCGCGCUGUUGCGGAUAAGUGUGGCGCGCUUUUGCUCUGUGACAUGGCUCAUAUCAGUGGCCUUGUUGCUGCUCAGGAAGCUGCAGAUCCAUUUGAGUACUGUGACAUAGUCACAACCACAACCCACAAGUCUUUGAGGGGCCCUAGGGCUGGUAUGAUCUUCUACCGGAAGGGACCUAAACCAGCUAAGAAGGGCCAGCCUGAAGGUGCAGUUUAUGACUUCGAAGACAAGGUCAACUUUGCCGUCUUCCCCUCCCUUCAGGGCGGUCCCCACAAUCACCAGAUCGCUGCUCUGGCCGUUGCUCUGAAACAGGCCAUGUCACCUGGGUUCAAGGCCUAUGCUAAGCAAGUCAGAGCCAAUGCAGUUGCUCUUGGAAACUACUUGAUGAGCAAAGAUUACAAGCUUGUCACGGGCGGGACUGAGAACCACCUUGUUCUGUGGGAUCUUCGCCCUCUUGGAUUGACUGGCAAUAAGGUUGAGAAGCUUUGUGACCUAUGCAACAUUACUGUGAACAAGAAUGCUGUGUUUGGUGACAGCAGUGCCUUGGCCCCCGGAGGGGUUCGCAUUGGUGCACCGGCCAUGACUUCCAGAGGGUUGGUUGAGAAAGACUUCGAGCAUAUAGCGGAGUUGCUUCACCGUGCUGUGACCCUCACUUUGAAGAUCCAAAAAGAGCAUGGAAAACUCUUGAAAGACUUCAACAAGGGUCUGGUGAACAACAAGGACAUUGAAGAACUCAAGGCCGACGUCGAGAAGUUUUCAGCUUCUUUUGACAUGCCCGGCUUCUUGAUGUCUGAAAUGAAGUACAAGGAUUAGGUCUAAAAGUAUCUUUUAUUGUUGUUACUGGUAUCAUUGUGGUGUUUUAAUUUCAAGUUUUUAUUUUUCGCCAUUGGAUGUCUAUUUGGCAGAGCAAUAACUGAUGAUCUCUUCACGUUUGGUUCCUGUAUUUAGAUAGUGAUUUGAUUUUUUUUUAUUACAAGUUUUAGUUGGUCCCAAAUUAUGAUAAUUGGGGAUAAAAAUCCACUACAAAGUUUGUACUACUUCCAUUUCUUCUAUUCUUGAGGAAUAAAUUUGGAGCACUAUUAAUUUACGGUGCAAUAAUAAGACUACUAUUUUAUCGGGA